GAAAGCUGCGGGUCUGGGAGGUGACAGGAUGCCUCGUGCCGAGCCCAGGCGCGGGUGCAGCCACAGCGCCGGGUGACUGGCGCCCCGUGCUGGCCUCGCAGCACUGUUCUCGACCUACACUUGUUGACAGCUGGCUGAGGACCCUCAGAGCACCCAGAGUCUGUCAUCUGACUCCCAGCUUGGCUAUCGACCCACGGGCCAUGGAGGACCAGGGUUGCCGCACCUCCUACGGGAGAGAAAAACUGCAGCGCUGGACGGUGACACGGCCGGUGGGCCAGGGUCAGAGACCCGCCGGUGGCUCCUGCUUUGAGGACCCGACACCUCCCCACCUCACAGCUCCGCUGGCUGGCUGCUUUGCCAGCCAACACCUGGGGGCGUUUCUGGGCUGUUCCAUCUCAGAGUCUGCCAGCAAUCCCCACAGGCCGCCACCAAAUACGCCAGGGCUCCUGGGCCCUAAGACCUGA